AAGCGACAGCACACUCUGCUGCACAAGGUGAACGGGGCCCUGAUGCUGAUCAGCUUCCUCUGCUGCCGGGUGCUGCUCUUCCCCUACCUGUACUGGGCCUACGGGCGCCACGCCGGCCUGCCGCUGCUCGCCGUGCCCCUCGCCAUCCCGGCCCACGUCAACCUGGGCGCCGCGCUGCUCCUGGCCCCCCAGCUCUACUGGUUCUUCCUCAUCUGCCGCGGGGCCUGCCGCCUCUUCCGGCCCCGGGGCUCCACGCCGCCCUCUCCUUGUCAGACCCAGGACUGAGGGUGGGGCCGGGGGACCCUCCACCCCCCCCCUCCCCAUACCUUGGGGACGGGGCUCUGGGGCUGCCCGGCAGGAGGUGGGAGCCAGGGCCCUCUUGCCCUGGCGGCCCCAGGACCGACAACAGGUGCACUGCAAAGGGGCGGGACAUCUCUGCUCCCGGGCUGAGGGGCAGGGAGCCGGUGAAAGGCAGGGAGGGGGUGCCUCUUCUCCCAGCAGUGCCUGAGCUGAAGGUAGCGAACCCCUUCCUGCGCACCCCUUCUCCCAUCACCAACCCUGGGGCCCUGGGGAUGCAAAGGACAGAGGAAAGGGGCAUCACUUCCCAUCCACUGAGGGCUAGACGGCCAUGGGGAAACUGACUCAAGGGGACCAGGACUCCGAGGAUGUGGGGGAGGCCCUGCUGCCAAGGCCAUCCCAGCCUGUUCCCCUGCUGCAGACUCCCCUCGGUUCCGCACCAUCUGAGAGGGAGGGGAUACCCUAACUAACCCUCCCCCCCCCCGCCCCCGCAGGCCUUGCUUGGGGCUAGCUGCCUCCACUGCUCCUCUCUCUCAGGGAGGCCAGCCUGAGGGAUCUUAUUUAUUUUAUUUAUUCGCCCAAAUCCAUACUAGUCUGUGGGGGUGGGGGGAGGGAGGUGGCUGCUACCCCCAACCUUCCCAGUGCUGAGCAAUCCCGGGGGCAGGUGAGGGGGCACCCCGUCCCUUCCCCACUAGGCUGCACAUCUUGCCCUCGGGCCCCGGCAUGUCCCUGGUGCUACAGACCUCUCAAGGCUUCCUCCAGUCUGGGGUCAGGGGACCCUGGGAGGUGCUUUCCAGACCGCUAAUAAAGACGAUCUGAUCUGCGUGAACGCCA